GGGACGUUGACGGGGAUUAAGCACGAAGGGAUGAACAUGGCAUGGCUCGAGAUGUGGGGCGGUUGGAUAUGAUCCAAUGCGGCACAAACGAAUGUAUGUCACCUUCCGCUCGAACUAGUAGUCUAGCUCAACCACGAUCUGUAAUCACUCGCCCGCCAUGGCUAUACUCACAACCACGUCGUUAUCAACGCCGUACCUCCUCGGUGCCCUCGCCGUCCUAUAUGCCACUUACAGGAUAUUCCAGAUACUCACCCUCGAUGCCCAAAUCCGCAAACUCGGUGCGCGAGCGCCCAUCCGUAAGUCCUAUGUGUUCAUGGGCUUGGACAUGGCGUACGACGUCGUCAUGUGUUCAAGGAACGACACCAUCUACGAGAUGUGGACCAACCUAUUCGCCGACUAUUGCAGCCCUGGCCGAUAUACGGUCGAGGCAGGCGUCGGCCAGAGGGUCAUUCUAACGGCCGAACCGGAGAAUAUCAAAGCUAUUCUCGCCACGCAGUUCAAAGAUUAUGGCAAGGGAGAGCAGUUUCGGCAGGAGUGGCAUGGGUUCUUGGGUGAUGGAAUCUUCACGACUGAUGGCGAGCUGUGGCACAACUCACGCCAGCUACUUCGACCCCAAUUCAUCAAGGACCGCGUGAGCGAUAUUGACAUCUUCGAGGAGCAUACUCAGAUUCUUUUGUCCAAGAUUGGCCUCAACCAGGAAAUCAACACUCUUAACUUGAUGCUUAGGUAUACUCUAGAUGCAGCAACACACUUUCUACUAGGACAGAGCGUGGGCAGUUUGGACAAUCCCCAGACGGAGUUCGCAGACGCUUUCGACAAUGCGCAACGAGUAAACAGCAUCAUCGGUCGAAUGGGUCCGAUGAACUGGCUCAUUCCCCGGAAACGAAUGGGUUUCUACGACUCUAUGAAGAUCAUCGACGACUUUGUGAGCACGUUCAUCGACAAAGCCCUCGCGCUCUCGCCCAAGGAGCUUGAGGAGAAGACCAACCACGACCAAGGCUAUACGUUCCUCCACUCCAUCGCAGGGUACACGCGCGACCGCAAGGUGCUGCGCGACCAAAUCGUAUCCGUGCUGCUCGCCGGCCGCGACACGACUGCUUGCACGCUGACCUGGGUCAUCUACCACCUGUCCAUGGACAAGAACGUGACCGCCAAAUUUCGCCAGGAGAUCAUCGAUACCGUCGGCCUCGAGCAAACACCAACAUAUGAGCAUCUCAAGAACAUGAAGUACCUCCAGCAUAUUAUCAACGAGGCGCUGCGUCUUUACCCCGUCGUGCCUUACAACGUGCGCAUCUCACUCAAGGACACCACUCUCCCCACCGGUGGCGGCGUCGACGGCACUGAGCCCAUCGGCAUACUCAAGGGCACGCCAAUCGCAUAUUCGACACUCGUUAUGCAGCGCCGCAAGGACAUGUAUCCUACUCCUGAGUCUGGUUUCCCUGAUAGUGACAAGUUCGUACCCGAGAGGUGGGAUAAUUGGACGCCCAAGACUUGGACAUAUGUGCCAUUCAACGGCGGCCCGCGUAUCUGUAUCGGCCAGCAGUUUGCUCUGACGGAGAUGGGAUAUACACUUGUGAGGAUAUUCCAGCGUUUUGAGACGGUGGAGAACAGGAUGGAGGGCGCGGAGCCGGGAUUCCACUCUGAUAUCGUGUUGCAGCCGGCUAAGCAAAUCAAGGUUGCUUUUCGUUGAGGACGGUCUGUAGGUAUUGGGGGCGAUAUGAUCAUGACAGGUAAUUAUUUGGUUUGCCAGUAAUGAGGUGAGCAGCUUCAUGUCUGCAAUGAGUCUCAUUCAUAAAUGUAAUCAAAUGCCUUUUAAACUGAAUAUUUUGAAACUGGGUAUCGUGUCUCGUCUCUAUCUUCAUCGCAUAUCGUGUCUACAACACUCUGCUUACCAACAUCGACCGGGAUCGACAUGGAUCAACGCCUUCAAAUGCUAAACCAAACGCCAACCAUGCAGAUA